AUGAACAGCGCAAAGAGAAGAAAGGUUGCGCAAGAUGCGCCCAAAAAGACCAAGCCUGUGGCCGAGGAAAAGCCUGCCCGAGCUGAGCCCAAGCCUUCCAAAGACGAGGAAUCUGAAGAGGAAUCUGAAGAAGAAUCUGCGACUCUAGAGGAGCCUUCGGCUGAGGAGACGGCUGUUGAUGCUCCCAAAAAGACCUUUAAAGAUCUGGGAGUCAACGAUGCUCUGUGCGAAGCCUGCGCGAAGCUCAACUACAAGUACCCCACGCCCAUUCAAGAAAAGUCCAUUCCCGUUGCCCUCGAGGGCCGCGAUAUUAUCGGUCUCGCCGAAACAGGUAGUGGAAAGACGGCUGCCUUUGCUCUGCCUGUUCUCCAAGCCCUUCUCGACAAGCCUCAGCCUCUGUUCGGUCUCGUCCUCGCCCCAACUCGUGAAUUGGCAACCCAGAUUGGACAAGCCUUCGAGGCUCUCGGUUCGCUUAUCUCGCUACGAUGCGCUGUAAUUGUCGGAGGUCUAGAUAUGGUUCCUCAGGCCAUUGCACUUGGAAAGAAGCCUCACAUCAUCGUUGCGACACCUGGUCGUCUCGUGGAUCACCUUGAGAAGACCAAGGGCUUUUCUCUGCGAACACUCAAGUACCUGAUCAUGGACGAGGCUGAUCGUCUUCUCGACAUGGACUUCGGACCCAGCAUUGACAAGAUCCUUAAGUUCGUUCCCCGGGAGCGACGCACAUACCUUUUCUCUGCAACAAUCAGCUCCAAGAUUGAAAGCUUGCAGCGCGCCAGUUUGAGGGAUCCUGUCAAGGUGAGCAUCAGCUCCAACAAGUACCAGACCGUCUCGACUCUGUUGCAGCAUUACCUCUUCAUCCCUCAUCCCCAGAAGGAUGUCCAUCUUAUCUACCUGAUCAACGAGCAUGCCGGACAGUCUACAAUCGUCUUCACACGAACAGUAUGGGAGACUCAGCGUGUCUCUAUCCUACUGCGAACGCUUGGUUUCGGUGCUAUUCCACUCCACGGUCAACUCUCUCAGUCAUCCCGUCUAGGAGCUCUCAACAAGUUCCGUUCCGGUACACGAGACAUCCUGGUCGCCACUGAUGUCGCCGCCCGUGGUUUGGAUAUUCCUUCAGUCGAUGUUGUUCUCAACUACGAUUUGCCUCAAGACUCCAAGACAUACGUCCACAGAGUCGGACGAACUGCUCGUGCUGGUAAGUCCGGCGUUGCCAUUAGCUUGGUGACCCAGUACGAUCUCGAGAUCUACCUGCGAAUCGAGGCCGCUCUCGGCAAGAAGCUCGAGGAGUACCCAACAGAGAAGGAGGAAGUUAUGGCUUUCCAGUCCCGAGUCGAGGAGGCUCAGCGACAUUCCAGAGUUGAGAUGAAGUCAUUUACCGAGGAGAGGGGUAAGAAGGGCAGCACACUGAAAGGUGGCCGCGGCAAGAAGGGUGGCAAGAGAGGCAGAGACGACAUGGACAAGGAGGAGGGCUAA